GUUAUCAUAAAUGAUAAUACCAUAAUUUGCCGAUGCCGAAUUUCAAUAAUUUUUUUUUGACUUUAUUGACUAGUUAUUGUGAGGACUCAUAUAAGUAUUACAGUUAUUAAUUAAUAAAUACAACUAUGGCUGGAAGUCGUUUGGAGAAAUUAGGAACUAUAUUUACGAGGGUUAACGGACUCAUAAAAUCAGGUGCAAUGAAAGUUGAUGAUCGACCCAUUUGGUAUGAUGUGUACCGGGCGUUUCCACCUGAAUCAGAGCCACAUUAUGCAAAGCCGUCACAAUCGCUGAAAAUACCAGAUAUAUUUUACCCAGAAGAUACAUUCAGAGCUACGUUUCACAAAGAGACUCGUGGUCAAUUGCCACCAAUCAAUUUACAAGAGACUCAACAAAACCAAAAUGUUACUAAUAUAGCUAUAAAUAUGGUAGCUAUUGAUCCAUCACUUUCCGUAAACCAGGUGAUUGAUAAUUUGAAAAAGACUAAUGUUUUGCAAGAUUACAAAACUUCAUCUAAAAAAAACAAUUCCCCUGUGAUAAAUGAUAAUACAAACAAACCUGAUGUUGAUAAAACCAAUGAUCAUACAAAAGAAACAAAUGUUCAAAGUAGUUAGUCUUUUUUGUUGAUUUUGUUAAUAAACAUUAGAAUUUUGAAUACAUUUUAUUAAUUCAUCUAAUGAACAUGUCUCUUGUUUUGUGUAGUGUUAAAAAUAAGAAAUGUAUAUUUUUUUUUCAUUUGAAAUUAAAGUUAAUUCAAACUUAUUA